AUGAGCCGGAAGCUCGCCCCCGAAGCCAAUCGGAUUCUCUUUGUCAAGAACCUCAACUACAACGUAACGGCGGAACAACUGUUCGAUCUCUUCGGCAAGUUUGGCCCUAUCCGACAAAUACGUCAGGGAAUCGCAAACAACUCGAAGGGCACCGCAUUCGUGGUAUACGAAGACGUUCACGACGCCAAACAGGCAUGCGAUAAGCUCAAUGGAUUCAACUUCCAGAACAGAUACCUCGUUGUUCUAUAUCACCAGCCGGAAAAAAUGCUUAGGUCGAAAGAGGACCUGGCGGAAAGGCAAGAGAAUCUGGAACGUCUUAAACAGCAGCACGGUAUAGAAUGA